GUUCUAAUCGAGCGAACGAGUGAGACAGUACACCUCUUCUGAGUGAAACGUUCUCGACCUCGAGAUUUGUCGUAGUAGUAAUGGCGAUUGAUCAACGUGAUUCCCUGAACUGCCCCCGGACUGACAACUUGUGUCUCUGACUGAGGUGCCUCGUGGGAACUUAGAUCGUGGCGAUUGACACCGCCUCCUCCAGUUUCUGAGUGUUUGAGAGCCUGCCGUCCGGGUGUGGCUGGGCGUGACGUGACUCUACCCGUUGGACCGCGUGGUAUUUCUCGGUCCACUUUCAGUGGGUCUCCACGUGGCCUGGACACAGCUAGUCCCCGGCCCUUGUUGAUCUGCCCAUCACCUGGACAGGGCGGGACAUCCAUCUCCUUCGCCAGGCCGUUGGCGGCAUGUCGUCCACCGCCAUUCCGCCUCGGCCCUUGAGCGGUUCACCCGCCCCGGAUUUUAUUGCCAUCGAUUCGAGUCGCAGUGGGCCCAGCUCGGGUGGACAUCCGGCUGCUAAACUCCAUUUGGCCCGGGCUGGCCCCCCCGAGCAUUUAUACAACCGGACGAAGCGGAAACGCGAAAGCUCGGCCCAUGGCUCCCCGCCCUCACACGCCCUGCCGGAGCCCGUGUCGGCGGGCCCGCCCGGUCCCGUGUGGAAUCCCGCACGACGUGUGUAUUCUUCGGGUGUGGUGGGGUUACAUGAAGAAAUCGAGGACUUUUUUCAAUGGAUGACCCCAACCCCGCAAGAACAUCAAGUUCGAAUGGAAGUGAUCUCACGGAUUCGUCGCGUCAUUCAAACUGAAUGGCGGGAAGCCCGCGUAGACGUCUUGGGCUCUUUCAAAUCCGGGCUCUAUUUGCCCACCAGUGAUAUUGAUCUCGUCUUGUUUGGAAAGUGGGAGGUGAUACCCUUUCGGACCAUUGAGCAGCUCCUCAUAGCCAAUAACAUCGCAGAGCCGGAAAUGAUCAAAAUACUUGAUAAAGCCGCCGUACCUGUGGUCAAACUUACCGAUAAAGAGAGUAAGAUCAAGGUGGACAUCAGCUUCAAUAUGGCAUGUGGCAUCCGGACCGCCGAACUUAUGAAGUUCUUCAAGAGGAAAUAUCCGCCUUUAGCAAAGCUGGCUUAUCUCCUCAAACAAUUCCUUCACCAGCGAGACCUUAAUGAGGUGUUCACUGGUGGGCUUUCCUCUUAUGCUCUCAUUCUGUUGAUUGUGAGCUUCCUUCAAAUGCAUCCGAGGAGAAACGCUGCCCACGCCUCUAAUGCCAAUUUGGGCGUGUUGCUCAUCGAAUUCCUCGAGCUCUUCGGCAAACUCUUCAACCACGUGAACACGGCCAUUCAAGUAACAGAUGGUGGAAGGUGGAUCCCCAAGAGCAAUGUGAAUGAAGGGGGCAGCGUCAUUUGCAUCCUAGACCCGUUGAACCCGGAAAUGGAUGUGGGACGAAGCUCAUAUGGCUACGUUACCGUGAAACAGGCAUUUGAGAAAGGCUACGCUGACCUAAUUAACCUCACCAAACAUCCCAACCCUAACCUCAAUGGAAAAAGCAUUCUCAGUCAGAUUGUCGAUGUGUCGAGUGAAGAUGUCAAGUUCCGUGAAUGGCUCCAACGGAAGUUCCGCAAUAUCCCGGAUGCAGAGAACGCCGAUCCCACCCUGCCCAGUCGUCUACCAGUCACGGAGUCGCACAAUGUCGAACCUAAGCAACUGCCUGAUCCUCCCAAGAAACCCCUGGCUGGCCAACCUGCCAGCCUAAAUUCCACCAAAGGUCAAAUCCCCGCCGUCAACCAUGUGGUCAGUGGUGAAGAGCUUGGCCAGCGCAAUGGUCGAGCAAGUUCCCGAGGCCCUUCUCCGUCAUCCGCGAAGAGCAUAGGGACCGCAAAAGUCACCAAGACCUCUGCGAUUCCAACAAGGGGUUCUCAUGCACCCAAAGAGGAUAGUGACACUGCCAGUAGUGUGUCGUCUCAUGGUGGACGAAGUAGCCUGAUGUCGUCGGUGACAUCGCCGGAGAAUCCUUGCUCAUCAGAUACGGACUCUGACAUCAUGGUGAGUCAUCCCUCGGGUAGCCCCAAUUCGGCCAUGUCCAUAUCGCCAGCCUCCAGUGAAGUGGGCUCCAUCAAGUCCUCCUUGUCACGGGUGAGCAGCAAAUCAUCCUCGAAACUCGGCUCUAGAUCCUCAGGCGCAUCCUCGGGCAAGAAGCCCACGUUCUGGGGCCAAGGUCGAGGCGCCAAUCCCAAGGAUGGACCCGACCGAGCCGAUCUUGAUCUCAACUGGCGAUGCCCGAACCAAGCCGUUGCGGCAGUCACCGCUGUUGCAGUCGCUGCUCAUGCUCCCCCGGCUGGUACGACCUUGUUGUCAUCGCCACUAUCGGCAUCAGUCGGUGAUUGUCCUCCUUUACCUCACCCACAAGUACCAGCUUCGGCACGGGGUUCGUUCCAUGCUGGGAAAACGAUCUCAGGACGGGCAGAUCAAGACCCGAAUUGGAGAAAUCGAACACCGGGCUCGAACCAAGUUGUCCAUGAUGGAAACGAUAGAUCUCUGUUGGCGCAAAAUAAUAAGAAAGUCAGCAAUGUCAAUCGGACUAGCUCCCCGGUCAAAAGCCACGGGAAGCAAUGGAAGUCGAGGAAAAAUCAAGCUAAAAAAGACUUGACGGAUGUGACCAACCAGCUUGACCACAACACAUGCCAUCUCACUAAUGUUACCAAUUCAGUGCCCAAAACGGCAACUCCCACGACCUCCCCACCCUCAGAAUCGGUCAGUGCCAAGGAACGACUCACGGCAGGAUUAGACAACAGCAAUCGCACUUCUCAAGACGAGCACAACAAUAACAACGCCAACAACAACAACAAUACUAGCAACAACAACAACAGCAGCAAUAUUCAUGGCGCCUUAGAGCAAGUGGUUGAGAAUACCAAUGACAACCAAUCCGGCGUCGUCAUCCCUCAAAAGCGGUCGAAAGGUCGCCGUAAGAAGGUUUCGUCAUUGAAUGUGCGUGCUAAUGCCAAUAAUGGCCACAAAACGGCGCUCCGUGAGAAGGAGAACCAUCAGAAUCCUAGUGCUCGUUUUUCCCACGGGUCCGGACUGUUCGACGGAAAAAGGUGACAGUGAGCUAGUCGACUUGAGCAUUAAUAUUAGUCUAGACCAAAAACAAGAAUCAACAAAAACAUCAAUACAAAAGACAUCGACUAAUCUCGAUACUCCCUCAUUGACCUCAGAAGCAUCGAAGUCUGAGGAAGAGAAACCAAUUCAAGUGGUUCUUCCGAGACCAGCCCGAUUUUGUGCUCCCAAACCCUCUUCCUCGUCAUCUUCGUCGUCUAAAACUACGGGAUCGUCAGUCUCGCCAGGAUCCAAAAUUCAACGUCGUCGACGGAGAAAUCCCAAAACCUCCAAAUUGGCUGCCAACCCCCAUUCCAAUGCAGAACACGGACAAAAUGACGAUGAAGAUUGUCCCCGGUUCUCGUAUUCAGUCAGCUAUUUCACUUGGGCAGUUAGUAGUAGUGAAGAAGACAGCGAUGACGAUGACGACAACAAUAACAACAGAGAUGAAGAGCGUGAAAGCCGGACUAAAAGUCCCAGAGACCCGCGAUAUGACUGUCCAAGUAUCACACUCCCAUUGAGCAAACUCAGAUUGGGUGCAAGUUCUCGGAAGAGCAAAAAAACUGGGAAAGACAAAAAGAAGUAAAGAAUAUUGUUCGAGGAUGUAUAGUUAGCCAUUAUCUAUUGUCAUACCUCUAUAUUCUUAACCUUUAAGAAGCGAUUUUUUUUUCAUUCAUACAUUGAUCGAUCCCAGUAUGUCUCUCCAGCUAUCGUGCUUUUCUUCUCGGAAUCAGCGAAUGGAUCUCUCUUCUUCAUUUACUUCAUUACAAGAAUGUGUGUCUAAUUAUGAAAUCGUGUGAUAUUAUGAUUACCCUCGUCAAAUCAUUUCGAUGAUUAUUUGCAUAUACUCCUCUUACCCCCAAUAAUGCCAAGUUUAAACUCAGUCAAAAAAAAAACACAAAAAGGUGAAGCUCUUCUCCGGAAAGAGGAAGUAGUUUUAGUCAAAGCUCGACUCUAUCACUAUUAUUAAGAAUGAAACCAAAUGUAUUUUUCAAUGAGAAAUGUUCAGCAAUCUAUCUUAUUAUAACUUCUCUGUUGAGUGUAAAUAUCAGAAAAAAAAGUCAAAAAAGUAUUUCAAAAUGCCAAAAAAAUCGCGCAAAAAAAAAUAAAGCCUCUUAAAAGAUUCUUUUGAACAUCAGCUUUAUUCGUCGUAAUGCCUCUAGAAAUCGUCUGUGUCACACAAAGCCCUCAAACCAGUGGAGGUAGAUUGUAUCGGCAAUAGUACAACUGUCCCAAUAGAUAUUCCCGCCCACUGGCCACAACACUUGCCACCGCAAAAACCGUGAAGACCAAAAUCCCAAGAUUCUCUUGAUGCGAUUGGAUCGUCAUGUAAUGAAUCUUGUAGAUUGGGCAAUACGUCUCCAAUAACGAACAGAUUUUCAACAACGCGUCCGAUGGGAUCCAUUGACCUUGCAAGGAAAACCAUCCCGUCCACCAUGCAUAGAUGAGUGACAAAACCAUGGGCAAGAAAUCCAUAGCCAGCAUGAUAGUCAACCAUAUGUCCAACAAGGGGCCUUUGGGCAGGCUCAGCAAUGCCAUCCACACCAUAAUAUAGUGUAAGAGUAGACGAUGUUCUCGGAAUGGGAGAUGUUGGCACAGAAGAAGGAUCACAUGAAGGGUACAAAACACCAUGGUGUGUUCCAAUCCAUAUUGGUUGUAGCACGUGUUCCGCGAAUAACUGAUGCCCUCCUCCAUACUUUCUGGCACAUGUACACACAGUUUUUAGAUUCAAUCGUUGCCAUUUACUGAAGUGUUUUCUUAGAUUGGGUUUCUAGUCCUGAAUUGUUGCACGAGCAAAGCUUGGUGUUGCCAUCGUUAUAUGGUUGACAGCUGAGUUGGUUUUUGGAAGCUCGAUAGAGAAGGAAGGAAAUGUUGCCUCUUGAACUUGGCCGAGUCGGUUGGUGACCUUGAAUCGGCGGUGUUGGUUAGUCUUGGACGAAGCAAUGCGCCUUAAAUUCCUAGACUGCACAUGAUGCCUACGAAGCCCAUUGAAGCGAGUACAGAUCGAUGCAUUUGUGUCUACCUCUGGAUGUUUUGCAUUGUUUUUAAAGGAUGUUUUAGGCCAACCCUUGUUGUAAUACAUAUGAUUCACAUGCUUACAUGACAAAUUCAGGGGAUCAUCCGAAUGUCAGUAGUGCAUUGUUUCAAUUCGAUCCAAGCAAACAAACAUACCAUGAAGAAGGUCAUUUCAUGAUUCCUUCGUCUUAAUGAAUCAUGCUCCGAGUAAUCCUUCGGUACUCGCUAAAUUUUUCCCUUCUUGUACCAAAUUUCGAAUAGUUCAAUCGCUUAAUAAGCCGACUUGACUUCUUUCUUUGUCCGUUUAAUCAGCCAAACGGGACACCAUGAAUCCAUUGAUUUAUAUUUUGGCCUUAUGUGUUCCCGCCGUGACCCCGAUAACGCCUCAAUUGGUUCAUCAAAUACGCUCUUUUGGAAAUCAAGCACAAGAAACUGUCCUCGGAUUCCUCUCUGCUGACGACGAAUUCAUUCUCCAGGAUGACAAUCCGCCCCUCGAUGACCCCUUCGAGGAAAUGAACAACUUUCUGUUGGCCUCGGAAGGAAAUUUGCAAGUUGACGAAGAGCAAUUGGCCUUGGUUAAUCUCGAUCCCAAAGUUUCUACCGUACCUCCUCUUGUUGAAUUAGAAACCCCCGCUGUCCUCGAACAAGAAAUUGUUUCGGAAUUGGCUGGUGGGAUCGAACCCCGAUUCGCCUCCUUGGAGGUAGAAAACGUCCCUUCCAUGCCUGAGGUGAUUGAUCAAGAGGUUUUAUUGGAAGAAGAGGAAGUCUCUCCUAUAGAAGAGGAGGAGGAAGAGCCUGUCGUUGAACUGUCCGUGGAACCUGUCGAUGAGGAACCUUUUAAUGAAGAACCUUCGGAACCUUCCGCCAUCUUGGAAGUCGUCCCAACUUCCUUGGCGCCCUCAAAUAUUAAAGAGGAAGAGGUUCCAGAGGAUUUAGUUUCCAUUGAGGAAACUUCAGCGGUCCCUUUUGUGGAAUCGAAAACUGAAGACGAAAUAAAUGUGGAGGAAGUUCAAUCCGAUGAUAUGGAGACGGCCGAGCUUAGUUCCAAUAUCGACAUUGGGGACAUUGAUUCGUCAGAGGACGUAGAAAUGUUGGCAGAGGAUAUCGAGACUGAUGUUGAUGAUGGAGAGACGAAUGAUGAGGAAUUAAAAGUUGAUCAGGUGCAACCAGCCAUCGAUCGACAAGAUAAUCUCGCAGCCGAGGACGAAAGACCACGCCAAGUUCGCAUCCAGAGAGGUCGUAGGAUACCCGCUCGAAAUGUGACCACCUUGCCCCUUAGUCCUGGAGGAGCACCCAAUGUGAUCAACCCACCCCAGCCUUCUUCAGAUACGGAGCCAUCGGUACCUUUGGAAGAAGAUGUAGAGUCGGAGGAAGACGACAACCUGGGGUUCGUCAGCUCGUUCUUCAAGAAAUUUUUACCUUGAGACAUGUAAAAUCUGUAACGUAAUCUAGGCCGACUAUAAUAUCGUUAGUGAUAUUUAAAGUGAUGAUAUGCUUCAUAAAGAUAGUGAUCGACUCUCA